AUGAUAUUACUGUACAAAGGUAGGCUAUAUGAGGGGAGGCCUGUGUGAAAGUCCUCAUUUCCUCUAUGGACAAGCUUGAAGCACCAUGGCAGAGACACAGUAUGAAACUUUCCAUAAACUCCUGGAUCAGCAUUUGGCAACUAUAAAUGAGAGCAGGCGUCAGAAAUAUUUGAUAACACAAGAAAUGUAUGAAAAGAUUGUUUCUACUGUUCAAGUAAAAAGUGGUGAAAAGAGUCAGUAUGGAGCAACUUUUAAGUUCUGGUGUAAGACAAACUUUAAAAUAGAAGAAAUUGGCCAGAGAAAAAUUCUCUACUGCAUAAAAACAUCUCGUCCAGUGGCAACUAAAGAGGAUUUGUUUGACGUUCUGGCUAAUUGUCACAAGAGAGUACAACAUUCUGGUAGAGAUAAGACUUUUGAGGAGGUGAAGAGAAAUUACUCCUGGAUUCCGCGAAGAGCGGUCAGCUUUUAUCUCCAGACAUGCCGAGAGUGCCACAGCAAAAAAGCAUCGAAGACACCACAAGCUAGCAAAACUAUUAUCUCCUUAGGGUAUUUAUCAAGACUUCAGAUUGACCUUAUUGACAUGACUAGUAUACCCGAUGGCGAGUACAUAUGGAUCCUUUAUGCCAAGGAUCACUUCACGAAAUUCAGUUGGGCAUAUGCACUAACCAGCAAUAGAACAGACGAGGUUGCAUCAAAAUUGGUUGAACAGUUCUGUUUCUUUGGCACGCCUGUGGUGCUUCAGUCUGAUCAUGGUCAAGAAUUCACAGCUAGCGUUAUAAAGGAUCUGGCAGAAAUGUGUCCAGGGCUCGUCGUAAUGAAUGAUUGUCCAUGCCACCCCGAAAGCCAAGGUUGCGUAGACUGUGGGGAUGGAGACUUCCAGAUCGAGUUAGGAAAGUGGAUGGAGCAACACCAAGAGGGGUGGACAAAAGGUCUGAAGUUUGUCGUUCAUGGCAUCAACACCGCCAUUGCUGGUGCAACUGGCAAGACACCUUUCGAGUUGGUAUUUGGGCAGGCUCCCAGACAUAACUUUCAUCUACUUGAGACUCUACAGUCUCAGGGAUUGGUCCGAGAGGAAGAUGACGACUCGUGUCUCUUCUCAAGUGAUGAUCAGGCCACUGGAUGUUCUGUUGUAAAAUCUGAACCUAUGUCGUCAUUUGACCUGGAAGUGUGGACCUGUGCUCAUACUCCACUAACAGUGCCAGAAUUACCAACAGUAAAAACUGAAAUGAUAGUUCCAACUUCGUCAUUUGACCUGGAAGUGGCGGCUGCUCAUACUCCAUCAACAGUGCCAGAAUUACCAACAGUAAAAACUGAAAUGAUAGCUCCAACUUCGUCAUUUGACCUGGAAGUGGCGGCUGCUCAUACUCCAUCAACAGUGCCAGAAUUACCAACAUUAAAAACUGAAAUGAUAGCCUCAUCUGUGCCAGAGACUACAGCUGAUGGGUAUGAUGAAGAAAUACCCCCUGCCAAACUACGCAAAAUUGGAACUCCUAAGUAUCUGUCUACUGCAAGUUGACAACAAGAAAGACUGACACUGCAGUACCUGUUUUGUCAAUAGCAGGCUCUUUUUUGUAACUAUUUUAAAUAACACUCACUAAUUAUUUUAAACUACAAGUUGUGCAAAUUUCUAAAUUUUGAAUCAUAGAAAAAAGGUCUUUAUGAUGUACCAUUUUCUCUGACUCAGGUAUUUAUAGCUAAGCUUUGUAUUCUUAUUUUAAAGAAACAAUCCAAAGUGGAUACUAAACUUUACAAACAAUAUAAUUUGAAAUAAGAAAAAAAACUUAAAAGCUUUCAGAUUGAUGCCGAAUAUUAGUAUGGUAUUAAAAGAUAUAUUUGAGGCCUUAUUAUUUUUGAAAAUGUGUUGUAUUCUAAUGAAUCCACUUUAUCAGUGUUAUAGAGUGAUAUAAAUAAAAAAUAUUUUAUAACUUGGUUCAGUGAGUUUUUUAGCUGCUCGAAAGAAGUUCUCCUUCAAAGUGCUUGGUUACUAAAUACAUGUGCCUGCAAAUAUUACAAAGUUUUGCUGUUAAUUUACUUUUUGUAAUUUAUCCUGAAAAAUAAUGCAGAUAUUUUCCAAAAG